AUGACAUCAGUGAAGACGAGGAAGAAGAAGAGGAAGAGGCAAAACAACACGGAGAAAAAAAAAGGUGCAGAAGAAAAGAUGGAUCUGCGUUUGAUACUGAUCCAAACAGUCGGCAGCAUCAAGGUUGCAUACAAUGCGAACAGAAGUCCAAGUUCUCCAGAUCCUGACCUCUUGCAGCUUUCUGCCGAGGAUGCAGAAGCAUUUUUUGCGUUCAUAGUCCUCCGCAAGGGUAGCUUGCCUCUAGAUCUAAUGCUCGAGUGGAAAUACGGCGUGCAUGCACACUCCUCUUCCAACAUUCCAAGCUUCGUGUCAACAGUCUUGCAGGACUGGCAGGACAGCUUUGGAAGAGUCACUAUCACCACCACAAUCUCGGACGAUCGUGACGGACCGAUGGGCCAAGUACAGGAGCAGGGCAAGCAGAACGACGAGGAUACGCAACACCCAGUCCAGGCCACUCCAAUCAUCAGUAUAAGAAACCGACUCCGCCGGGAAGCAGAGCAAUGUGCACGGCAACUUAUACGCAGCAAUGAUUGCGGGAUGCCGAGGGUUCAGCUUAGCGUUGGAAAGCAGUUUGCCCACUGGAUGGAAAUCAGAAUGUACUUUCAGACGGUGGAGACAGUCGAUUCGGAGAUGGGGAGGGCAACACCACUUGCAGGGCUCGACGAAAGAUAUCAACCCGAUGUCUAG